CCAGACGAGGAAGGGGAGGCGCCUAAGCAGAGUCCCGACCUUUCUCCAGUAAAUUUGAGUCACUUCGGGCUUGGCCCCUGGCGUUUGAAGGACUGAGCGUGUUAGCGCGCCCCGAACUUUCCCAAUGGUUUCGGUGACCAGAAACGUGUUUGGAGAGCUGCCCUCGGGGGGAGGGACAGUGGAGAAGUUCCAGCUGCAGUCAGACCAGCUGAGAGUGGACAUCAUCUCCUGGGGCUGCACGAUCACAGCCCUGGAGGUCAGAGACAGGCAGGGGAAAGCCUCAGACGUGGUGCUCGGCUUUGCCGAAUUGGAAGGGUACCUCCAAAAGCAGCCCUAUUUUGGAGCCGUGGUUGGGAGGGUGGCCAACCGGAUUGCCAAAGGGACGUUCACGGUGGAUGGGAAGAGGUACCAGCUGCCCAUCAACAGGGAGCCCAACAGUCUGCAUGGAGGACUGAGGGGGUUCGAUAAGGUCCUCUGGACGUCUCGGGUGCUGUCCAAUGGUGUGCAGUUUUCCCGCGUCAGCCCGGAUGGUGAGGAAGGCUACCCUGGAGAGCUGAAAGUCUGGGUGACGUACACCCUGGAUGGCGGGGAGCUCAAGGUCAACUACAGAGCCCAGACCAGUCAGACCACGCCAGUGAACCUGACUAACCAUUCUUAUUUUAACCUGGCAGGCCAGGGCUCACCAAAUAUAUAUGACCACGAAGUUACCAUAGAAGCGGAUACUUUUUUACCGGUGGAUGAAACUCUGAUUCCUACAGGUGACAUCGCCCCAGUGCAGGGCACUGCGUUUGACCUGAGAAAGCCGGUGCAGCUGGGCAGACACCUGCAGGAGUUUCACAUGGAUGGUUUUGACCACAACUUCUGCCUGAAGAGGUCUAAAGAAAAGCAUUUUUGUGCAAGGGUGCACCAUGGUGGCAGCGGGCGGGUCCUGGAGGUGUACACCACCCAGCCCGGAGUCCAGUUUUACACGGGCAACUUCCUGGAUGGCUCCCUGAAGGGCAAGAGUGGAGCGGUCUACCCUAAGCACUGCGGUUUCUGCCUGGAGACCCAGAACUGGCCCGACGCGGUCAAUCAGCCCCACUUCCCUCCUGUGCUGCUGCGGCCUGGCGAGGAGUACGACCACACCACCUGGUUCAAGUUUUCUGUGGCUUAAGGAAAUGUGAAGGUAACACCUGGUCCAGGGCCAGGCUGGGCCCCUUUGUCUCCUGUGCAGAGACGAGGUGAAGACUUAGAAGCUUGCCAAGUGAUCCUGUGUGUUAAAUUCUACAAAUGGUAGCUGUCAUGAUAAUAGUCUGCAUACUGAUUUCCUUUUCGAGACACUGGCUGUAGGCGAUGUCCAAUGACAAGCUGUGCUCGCCGGCGGUUCAGAGAGCGAGUGAACUCAGCCACUGGUGUCACCACCCAAGGCCAGACCCUAGCCCAGAAGUGGCUUCCUGGGACUCUUGUGUGCUGUUCAGGGGCCAUCUCUCCACACGGCCUCAUUUUUCUCUACUUUCCUCCCUCCUUUCCUCUCUUUGAUACCACUUUCUCAAGGCUUUUAGUCUCCUCUCGCCCCAGUCUCUCAGGCAGCCUCUGAGGUCUCGGUGCCUUGCUCAGCGCAUCCACAGGCGGAGCGCUCACUCUGACUGACUGGCCAAGACUCAGAGAUUGAGUGACUCAACCACAAGC